ACAGAAGAAGGACUCAUGGAUUCAAACGAGCAGAGUCUCCAUGACAUCAGCCGCACAAUGUCUCCGGCGGCAGAGCGGCUACGUUAUAUCCUGAGUGAAGAUGAUGACAUGCCCACGCCGACACUCUUCACUGAAAUGGACACUCUACAGUGGGAAGGAGACGAGCUGGAGUGGAAAGAGUCUGCCAGGUGGGUGAAGUUUGAAGAGAAGGUGGAGGAGGGAGGAGAAAGGUGGAGUAAACCACACGUGUCCACGCUCUCCCUGCAUAGUCUUUUUGAGCUCAGAACGUGUCUCCAAACGGGAACAGUGCUGCUGGACCUGGAAGGCUACUCACUGCCUCAGAUAGUUGAUGAUAUUAUUGAGAGACAGAUAGAGGAAGGCAUGAUAUCACCUGAUCUGAGAGAGAAGAUCAGUUUUGUCUUGUUAAGGAAACAUCGACACCAGACUAAGAAGCCAAUCCACCGCUCGCUAGCCGAUAUUGGCAAAUCCAGCUCUUCUACCAACCGGAAUGCAGGAUCCCGAGGUGGACCAGGUCCAGGUUCAGUUCCGGGUCCAAUAGCCAACUUUAACCGAUCCACAGAGGACCUCAGAAUGAAACAGCAGUCUGCUAACUAUGGUCGCCUGCGUCAUGCCCAGAGUAGGAGUAUGAAUGAUAUUGCAGACACUCCCAGCACAGACCAGCUAAAAAAUAAAUUCAUGAAGAAGAUUCCCAGAGAUGCAGAGGCGUCCAACGUCUUAGUGGGCGAGGUGGAUUUUGUCAACAAACCCUUUGUAGCCUUUGUCCGCCUUGCCCAAGCUACGACGCUAGGAGGUCUGACUGAGGUCCCUGUUCCCACCAGAUUCCUGUUUAUUCUCUUGGGACCACAAGGAAAGGCAAAGUCCUAUAAUGAGAUUGGGCGAGCAAUAGCAACCCUAAUGGUGGAUGAUCUCUUCAGUGAUGUAGCCUACAAGGCAAGAGAUCGGGAGGACCUCAUCGCAGGCAUAGAUGAAUUUCUGGAUGAGGUGAUUGUGCUUCCACCUGGAGAAUGGGAUCCCAAAAUCCGCAUUGAACCACCCAAGAAAAUCCCCUCGGCUGACAAAAGGAAGUCAGUGUUUUCCUUAAAUGAGCUGGGGCAGAUGAAUGGUACAGCUGUAGGAGGAGGAGGCCUGGCUCAGGACGAGGAGAUGCCUGUGCAACAUGAGCUUGGAGAGGAGCUGGCAUUCACCGGACGCUUCUGUGGUGGUCUGUACUUGGACAUAAAGAGGAAAUUACCAUGGCUACCUAGUGAUUUUUAUGAGGGUUUCCACAUUCAGUCCAUCUCCGCUGUGUUAUUCAUCUACUUGGGCUGCAUUACCAACGCCAUCACCUUCGGUGGCCUGCUGGGAGAUGCAACCGACAACUACCAGGGUGUGAUGGAGAGUUUUUUGGGUACAGCUCUGGCUGGCUCUGUCUUCUGUCUCUUCAGCGGUCAGCCCCUCAUCAUCCUCAGCUCCACUGGACCAAUCCUCAUCUUUGAAAAACUCCUGUUUGAAUUCAGCAAGAACAACGGCAUUGAUUACAUGGAGCUGCGUCUGUGGAUCGGCAUCCACUCCUGUCUGCAGUGUUUCAUCCUGGUAGCUACAGAUGCCAGUUACAUCAUCAAGUACAUGACACGCUUCACUGAGGAGGGCUUCUCUAGCCUCAUCUCCUUCAUCUUCAUCUCUGAUGCCAUCAAGAAGAUGGUGGGCUCCUUCAAAUAUUACCCCAUCAACACCGACUUCAAACCCGACUACGUCACCACCUACAAGUGUGAAUGCCUGGCCCCAGACCCGGGUGAGUUCACUCUCCAAAGUUGGGUGACUCUUCAUCUUCCUCCUCUCCUUUCUCCCCACCACUGCCACCCACCAUCCCAGUUGAAUGUGACAGCUCUGGACUGGAGCCAGCUUAGCAAGUCGGAGUGUCUGAAGUACGGAGGUUCUCUGGUGGGAAAGUCCUGCAAGUACGUCCCCGAUCUGGCCCUCAUGUCCUUCAUCCUCUUCUUUGGCACCUACACCAUGACCGUCUCCCUUAAGAAGUUCAAGUUCAGCCGCUACUUCCCCACCAAGUUGAGGAAACUCAUCAGUGACUUCUCUAUCUUCAUGUCCAUCAUGACGUUUGUGGGGCUUGAUAUGUUAAUGGGACUUAAAACUCCCAAACUCAUCGUCCCCACAGAAUUUAAGCCGACUCGGCCAGAUCGUGGCUGGCUGGUGAUGCCAUUUGGUAAGAACCCAUGGUGGGUGUAUGUGGCCAGCUUUGUCCCUGCCCUCCUUGUCACUAUCCUCAUCUUCAUGGAUCAGCAGAUCAGUGCAGUCAUUGUUAACCGCAAGGAGAACAAACUUAAGAAAGGCUGUGGCUACCACCUGGAUCUGCUCUGGGUGGGCAUCCUGAUGGCCACCUGCUCCUUCAUGGGCCUGCCAUGGUACGUUGCUGCCACUGUCAUCUCCAUCGCCCACAUCGACUCUCUGAAGAUGGAAAGUGAGUCGAGUGCUCCUGGAGAGCAGCCUCAGUUCCUUGGGGUCAGAGAACAAAGAAUGACCGGCAUUUUGGUGUUUGCUCUCACCGGAGUCUCCAUCUUCCUCGCUCCAGUACUUAAGUUUAUCCCCAUGCCCGUACUGUACGGUGUCUUCCUCUACAUGGGCGUAGCUUCUCUCAGUGGAAUCCAGUUCUGGGACAGGAUUAAGUUGUACAUGAUGCCAUCCAAACACCAGCCCGACUUCUCCUAUCUUCGUCAUGUUCCUCUGAGGAAGGUUCACCUGUUCACACUGGUCCAAAUUACAUGUCUGGCUGUGCUCUGGAUCCUUAAAUCCACCUUCUUGGCGAUCAUCUUCCCUGUCAUGAUCCUGGGUCUGAUGGUUGUCAGAAAGAUGCUCGACAUGGUCUUCUCCCAGCAUGACCUAGCCUGGCUGGAUGACCUCCUGCCUGAGAAAGAGAAGAAGAAGAAGGAUGAUGAUAAGAAGAAGGGGAAGGAAAAGGAGAAGAGAAAGCCCAAACAAGACGACAGCGAGGAAGAGGACAAGUCCCACACAUACUCCAAUCACUCACCCAGCUCAGAGUCAGACUUGGAUCGCAGCAUCACCCUCCACCUGAAGAUUUCUUGCCCGUCAUCUCCGGCUGUGCCUAUGGGCCGAGGAAUGUCCUGCCCCGUGCCCCAGGUCAAGAUUGAGAUGGAGUCAGACUACGACUCAGACAUCGACCACCACCACCCACGGGACAUGAGCAGUGAGACCACGUUAUAAAGCUGAGACUCGGCAACUUGUUGACACAACGUACAACUAGGUGCAGCCAGUGCUGCCCACAGACAGCGAGGUGGCACAGACAGACAGCAGUCGACUGAUCCAAUCAAUGCCACUGGAGAGGCAUCUGCUUAUAAAGUGGUGCAAUUUUGUGCUUUGAAUAAUAUAUUCAAUAUUAAAUUUAUUUAUUUACUUGUAUGGUGUAAAUAUCCAUAA